GGGGGGGGGGAGGGGAGGUCCCCCGGGAGCCGCUGGAGGAGGAUGCGCUCAGAGCCGCGCCAUGGGGAGCUGGCAGAGGAAGGGCAAAGCGGUGCUGCCGGCAGAACAGACUGCCCUGCCCUGCAGCCCCGGCCCGGAGCAGCUCCACCGAGCAGCAACAGAAGAUUAUCACCGUGUAGCUCAGCAUGCAAACAAUGGACAAGCCAUUACAGCUUCCUGCAAAAAUAAAGAUACAGACCUGCAGGCUAAAAUACAAACCUAUAUAGAUCAAAACACAGUUAUGAUCUUCAGUAAUGCAGCAUGCAGUCUCUCUGCUAAGGUGAAGGAGCUAUUCAAAUCCAUGAGUGUUCCCUAUUGCUCACUUGAACUAGACCAGACAGAGGAUGGGCAGAAGCUGCAAGACGCAUUGUAUGAACUAACUAUGGAAACUUCAGUGCCAAUUGUAUUUGUGCAACAGAAGCAAAUAGGAGAUUAUGACAAAACUGUAAAGGCACAUAAGGAAGGAAAGAUUAAAAAACUACUUGAAACGAAUCAACAUGAUCAUGUGCAGGAUUCCUACGACUAUGAUCUAAUUGUCAUUGGAGGGGGGUCUGGAGGUCUGGCUGCUUCCAAGGAAGCUGUCAAGUAUGGCAAGAAAGUGAUGGUGCUGGACUACGUUACUCCUACUCCUCUGGGAACUAGAUGGGGUCUUGGAGGGACGUGCGUAAAUGUGGGUUGUAUACCCAAGAAACUGAUGCACCAGGCAGCUUUGCUAGGUCAAGCCUUGCAAGAUUCACGCAAGUUUGGAUGGCAGUUUGAGGAGAAAGUCAAACACAGCUGGGAGACUAUGACAGAAGCUGUUCAGAAUUAUAUUGGCUCUCUCAACUGGGGCUAUCGAGUAUCUUUGAGAGAGAAGAAGGUCACAUACGAGAAUGCUUACGGAGAAUUUGUUGGGCCACACACAGUCAAGGCAACAAAUAACAAAGGAAAAGAGAAACUGUACACAGCUGAGAAAUUUCUCAUUGCUACUGGUGAACGGCCACGCUACCUGGGUAUCCCUGGAGACAAAGAAUAUUGCAUUUUCAGUGAUGAUCUCUUCUCUCUGCCUUACUGCCCAGGAAAGACCUUGGUGGUUGGAGCUUCCUAUGUUGCCCUUGAAUGUGCUGGAUUUCUUGCAGGUCUUGGUUUGGACGUAACUGUAAUGGUUCGAUCCAUCCUUUUAAGAGGGUUUGAUCAGGAAAUGGCAAACAAAAUUGGGGAACACAUGGAAGAACAUGGAAUCAAGUUUAUUAAACAGUUUGUGCCAACCAAGGUCGAACAGAUUGAGGCGGGAACUCCUGGGAAAUUGAAAGUCAUAGCCCAGUCCACAGAUGGCAAGGAAAUAAUUGAAGGGGAAUACAACACUGUGUUGUUAGCAGUAGGAAGGGAUGCAUGCACAAGAACAAUUGGCUUAGACAAAGUUGGAGUGAAGAUCAAUGAAAGAUCAGGAAAAAUUCCUGUCAGUGAUGAGGAACAAACAAACGUGCCUUAUAUUUAUGCCAUUGGAGAUGUGUUGGAGGGCAAGCUGGAGCUCACACCAGUAGCAAUCCAAGCAGGAAAACUGUUGGCUCGAAGGCUUUAUGCUGAAGCAACCUUAAAGUGUGAUUAUGUGAAUGUUCCAACCACGGUGUUCACUCCACUGGAAUAUGGAGCCUGUGGCUUCUCAGAAGAGACAGCGUUGGAGAAGUUUGGGGAGGAAAAUAUUGAGGUUUACCAUAGUUAUUUCUGGCCACUGGAGUGGACUGUCCCAUCUAGAGACAACAACAAAUGCUAUGCAAAGAUAAUCUGCAAUAUUCAAGAUAAUGAGCGAGUUAUCGGUUUCCAUGUGCUUGGUCCAAAUGCUGGAGAUGUUACCCAAGGGUUUUCCGCAGCCAUCAAAUGUGGACUGACAAAAGCGCAGUUGGACAACACAAUAGGAAUUCAUCCAGUUUGUGCAGAGAUAUUCACCACGCUGUCAGUGACAAAGCGUUCUGGUGGAAGUGUCCUCCAGUCUGGCUGCUGAGGUUAAUCACCCCCAUUGUUGCUGCGUUUGCCAGAGACUGACUUUCAUCACCAAGGCUGACUUGUCCAAGGCAGAAGAAACCAUCUUCAAACAAGCUGUCGUCCUCAUCAUUGGCAGCAGGGAACCCCCUUGACCAAAGCAAUCCCUUAAUGGGGGUGAGAGAAGCGGUAGGAUUUGUUAGUCGCCUAUGGUGACUGGAUGGCAAUCGACAAAACAGUGGGAGUAUUUAACGUCAAGCUGCUGCUUGGCAGGGCAUCUACAAGAUGCUUGUAUGAUAUCGCAGCCUAAACCCAGUAUUAUCUGGUGGGCAGCGAUGGAAGAACUGCUGGCACAGCUUCCCUAACCUAAAUGUGUUACCACAAGUACUGAUAAUUCUAAGGUAUCCCCAUGUACUGCAUUAGAAAACAGCAUGAUAGUGACUCUUCCUCAGAGAUCCUGCAUAUCCGCAGAUCACAGUAAUGGCAGCAGGUAAAGUAUGAGUACCUCACAUUUCAUUCUGAGUCACAAAAUAUCCUGGCACGUACAUUUAGCCAUAAUUAGCAAUAUCCAGAAUAGCAAGUCUUUUUUGGCUUCCAAAAAUCCUAAAACCAAAAUUGUUCCCUCACAGUUUCUUAUUCUAAAGAGGGAUACUUAUUACCACAGUUGCCCCUUGUACUAGCCUCUGAGAGAGGAAAAUGUUUGCCUCAGUAAGGCCUUGUCUACAUGGGAACACUUUUUUUUGUGUAUCUUUAGUUUUUUGACAGAAACUGCCUCCCAUCCAGACUCAAAUGAUUUGGGGGGCAUUAUCAUGCAUCUUAUCCCUCUGUAAUUAACCCAUUUUGGAAGUGACAUCAUUCUGUUGCGGAAUGUGUUAUACCACCAUAAGGUUGGUGUGGACAUAUUCUCAUAUUGAAAGAGUUAUGGCACAUCAGGGAGUCCUCCCACUGCUGCUCUACACUGCAUUAUUUCAUAUCUGGAUUAGUUAGUCUGCUUGUGUGUGCACCCUCCAUUAGAGGUGGGUGAAACUUCUAUUUUGGUAAAAAAUGCAGAUUUGCAUCAACUGAAACAUUUUGCUAAUUCAUGCCGAAUUUGCUGAAUUAUUUUGGUUGGAAGAAAAACAUCUGAAAUAAUCAAAAUACUUUGUUUCAACAUUUUUUUUGAAUGAGAUGUUUCAGUUUUUUUAAUUCAAAAUUAUUUUGCAUUUUGAAUUUAACCUCAGUUUUAUUUAAAAUGGUUGCCAAAAAACCCCCCAAAACCCAACCCAAGCCACAACCUCAAGCAGAACAUUUUAUUCAUUCUGAAAUGACCCCUGCCCCUGGACUUUAUGGUUCAGACACUAAACUAAAAAAAAUCACAUAUUUGCACUGCCCUACUAUCCUUUUAUCCAGUAUUUAGAGUAUAGAUGGAGUGGAGGUGGGGCAAGGUGGGUAAAGGGUGCAGACCUCAGUCGGAGGGGAAGGGGAAGAAAAUAUUAAAAACUGAGCUAAGUUGUUGAAGACCAGGGCACCUUAAGCAGUUUUACCAAAGCUGCUGCUCCCAUAUCAUGAUUGACACCCCUCCCCCCCACACCCACACACGUUUUUCAGCUCAUUUUAAGCACUGACUGCAUCUUGACUGGGUGUCCCUAUCUCUGUUUAAAUACUGGUAGAUGCACAAGCACAUUUCUGUGUCUCCGGUUCAUGGCAAGUUCACAGACCCUGAGUUCACUGCACCCCCAUGCGGUUGCAUCAGGCAAUUGAGGAAUUCCUAGAUUUCCAGGGAAAAGAGUACGUUCAAUCUUACCUUUCCAGGACACACCAAAAAGCCAAGAUUUACCAACCACUAACAGAGCAAAUGCAGGAGACCGGUAUUCCCAGGACAGGAGCAAGUGUGAUAGUAAAGCCAAGGAGCAGUGGCAGAAUUACAAAACUCAAGGUUACUGUUAAUGCCCCCCGCACAUGUGCAUGUUAUGAGAAGCUGGACUGAAGUUGCUGCUUAUUUUUAUCUUUUUGCUCUAGCAGCAUCCAUGUGGUGUCACAGUGCUGGUGAUCUUCCAUCAGCUACAACACCAUCUGCCUAUGCAGUCAAUACAUAUGAAGCAUCCUGUUUGUACUCCAUGCUACCUGACAGCACUUUGAAAACGUGUUUGAAACUGAAACAGUUUGGAAAUGGUGUUGGCUAGUGAAAAACAGGCAAAUUAUGGGAUACAGUGGAAGGAAUCAAGAGAGUUUAAUCCCAUGUUCCAAUACUCCAGUUGGUUCUGGUAGACAUUCCACACUCCAAACUAAUAAACAACCCACAGUGUAUUAAGCCUAGCAGCAGAACACUGUACACUGAGACACCUGCUCAGACAGCUUGUGUGUUUAUUUUAAAAACACAGUGCUAUGUGGACAUUGUGAUUCCCAAGGGAGGCACAAUGCAAUGUGAAUGUACUCUUUCAAGUUAGCUAUAUUUGUAUAGUUAGAGUAAAUUAUAAAAAAUAAACAAAAACCCAGUCUCUUUCCUGUAUAGACAAGGCCUAAAACUGUCCUAUUUUCCAUGUGUGCAUUGUUUAUAUCCAAUUAAGAAAAUUAUUUUUUUUUAAAACAGACUGUUUAAGUGGUGCACUGGGCUUCUGCACAGGGAGAAUAUUGUCACUUUCUAUUUUGAAGCUUCUAAUAGUGUUGUAAAUUAUUUUUAUAACUUGUAUACGUAUACAAGGGGGCAUUAACUUGUAUACGUAAUUGAAGGGGUUUUUUAUGCUUUAUACCAUAUAAAAACAAUUUGUAUUUUUUUCUGGCCAGUUUAUUGCAGCAUGUGCUACUCUUUUUGAUGCACUUCUAAAUGAAGAAAUUAUAUCUUAGCAAGGUAUAAAUUAUUAAGUAUAGAAAAGGCCACUUUGAUCACAAAUUCCUGUGUCAUUUAUUUCAAUUUUUUUAUUUUUGAGAGUGUUAGGUAUUUUCAAAAAAUGUAGUGUUUUUUCUCCAGUGCAUAUCAGACAAAUAAGGGCAAAAUUUUAAAAUGCAAGGAAUGAAAAAUUAGGGGCCUACUUUUCACUAAAAUUAGGGUUAUUUGUGUCCCUAAUGCACCAGAUGUCACAUAUAUAAAACUUCAGAAAAUACCAGGAGUCUAAUUUCACACUAUGUAGGUCCUAGUGCUCAAACAUUUCAGCACACAAGGAACUACUUAUAUGUUUCACUUCUGAAGACAGAUAUUCAAGUACAUGAAUAAGUUCCAUGUGUACUCAAGAAUUUGCAGGACUGGGUCAUAGAUUAUUAAUCAGCUAAUUAAUGUGCUAAAUAAUAAUUUUUGACAUGCAUUUUCAAAGUUGUGGAUUUUUAUAUUUUAAAUAACUGAACUGUGAAAACAGUACUAUCUCAAAAUUUUUCUCUGAUAUAUUUAUUGUGGGUCUAUGCACAGUGAAAAAGGCGCAUGAUGUAUGAAGACCUCAUAUAAGGCUACAUUAACGGUCAAAACAAAGUCUUUCAAAUUCAUAUUAAAAUAAAUGUACAUUUUAUUAUGAAGUCUUUGGAAAUAUAUUAGAAAAUGUAAUAAAUUAAACAUUAUUUAUAUUCCAUUCAUGUCCUGUUCCUUGUUAGUCAUUAACAUUUUUGGUUCUCCUAUGUGAAUACAAACCAAA